UGAAUGGCUGGCGUCCAGUCCAGGUAGACCUGUCCCAUUUGUCUUGCCAGAGCUCAUCUUAGGUUAAUUAAAGACUCUAAAUUGUCCACUGGUGUGAAUGAUGAAACUGAAAGAGAUCAACCGUACUGCCAUCCAGAGCUGGAGUCCGGCUCAGCAGCACCCGAUCUACCUGGCCACUGGCACGUCGGCGCAGCAGCUGGAUGCCUCCUUCAGCACCAACGCCUCCCUGGAGCUCUUUGAGCUGGACUUGUCCGACCCGUCCCUGGACAUGAAGUCAUGUGGCAGCUUCUCUUCGUCUCACAGGUACCACAAGCUGGUCUGGGGUCCCUGCGGAGCAGACGCCCAGGGUCACCCGGCAGGCUUGGUCAUCGCCGGGGGCGAGAACGGCAACGUCAUCCUGUACGACGCCGCCAAGAUCAUGGCCGGCGAGAGUGACAACGCGGUGGUGGCCGAGAGCGACCGGCACACGGGCGCCGUGAGAGGACUUGACGUCAAUCCCUUCCAGACCAACCUCUUUGCAUCUGGCGCAAAUGAGUCCGAAAUUUACAUCUGGGAUCUAAACAACUUCGAGUCCCCCAUGACGCCAGGACCCAAAACGCAGCCAGUCGAGGACAUUGGCUGCCUGUCGUGGAACCGGCAGGUCCAGCACAUCCUGGCCUCGGCCAGCCCUAGCGGUCGUGCCUCCGUGUGGGACCUCCGCAAGAACGAUCUCAUUAUUAAAGUCAGUGACCACAGCAACAAAAUGCAUUGCUCCGGGCUGGCAUGGAACCCAGAGGUGGCCACCCAGCUGGUCCUGGCCUCCGAGGACGACCGCAUGCCCGUCAUUCAGAUGUGGGAUUUACGAUUUGCUACCUCGCCGCUCCGGAUUCUGGAGAAUCACACCAGAGGCGUCCUCGCCAUCGCUUGGAGCGUGGCCGAUCCUGAGCUGCUCCUCAGCUGCGGCAAAGACAGCAGGAUCCUGUGCUGGAACCCAAACACGGGCGAGGUGCUGUACGAGCUGCCCGCCGGCAGCCAGUGGUGCUUUGACGUGCAGUGGUGCCCCAGGAACCCGGCGGUGCUUUCGGCCGCCCGCUUCGACGGACACAUCGACAUCUACUCCAUCAUGGGCGGCAGCAGCCUGGCACAGAGCCAGAGGCACGCCGACCAGAUCAGUAACUCCUUCGGCAACGUGGAUCCUUUUGGGACGGGACAAACGUUGCCCCCACUGCAGCUACCUCAGACCACCACACCCCCUGCUAGUGUCAACCCCUUGAAGAAGCCCCCCAAGUGGAUCCGCAGGCCCGUUGGGGCGUCGUUUGCCUUUGGCGGAAAGCUAGUAUCCCUGGAGAAUGGUCCGGCAAACGGGCAGGAGCCUGGUGGCCCCCGCCUGGUUCACGUCAGCCAGGUGGUGACCGAGACGACCUUCUUGACGCGGUCGGAGCAGCUGCAGGCUAUGCUGAGCGCCGGCACCUUCCAGGAAUUCUGCCAGGAGAAGAUCCAAGCGGCUCAGGAUCAGUUUGAGAAAACUGUCUGGUCAUUCCUCAAGGCCAACUUUGAAAGUGACAUCCGCAGUAAAUUCUUGGAGCUUCUGGGCUUCAACAAAGAGGAGCUCGCUGUAAAGAUAUCUGCCGCGCUGGAAGGAAAGCCUGCUGAAGCUCUGCCGGCGGACGCGGCCCCCGCUCCGGCCAGCUUGCAGCUCGACAAUCCGGAGGCGGCGUUUGACAUGAUCGCCGCCGCAAACAUGAAGGAGGGCGCCGAGCCGGAGAGCCAGGACACCACCGUGGGAGGACCGGGCCAGAGCGUAGCUCCUCUGGAGGAGCCGCAGCAGCAGCAGCAGGAGGAGGAGGAGAUCUCCUUGGAGGAGGAAGUGCCGCUGGAUGAGGAGAAGGAGCCCGAGACUCCUGCCCAGGUCGAGGACGCCGCCGCCGAGGCUCCUUCGGAGGGAGUCGACCUCAGCAUCAGUAAAGACAUGGACGGUCUGAUCACGCAGGCCCUGCUCACGGGCAACUUUGAGGUGGCUGUGGAGCUCUGCCUCCUUGAUGACCGCAUGGCCGACAGCAUCAUUCUCGCCAUUGCCGGUGGCGCCGACCUCCUGGAGAAGACGCAGAGGAAGUAUUUCCACAAGACGCGUGGCAAAAUCACCAAGCUGAUUAGCGCUGUGGUGACCAAGGACUGGCGUGACGUCGUGACCGCAUGCAACCUGCACAACUGGAAGGAGGCGCUGGCGGCCGUCAUGACCUACGCCAAACCCGACGAGUUCUCUUCGCUGUGCGACCUCCUCGGCGUCCGUCUGGAGGCGUCGGACGAGGCUGCUCUGCGCGCUCAUGCCUGUUUGUGCUACAUCUGCGCCGGCAACGUGGACAAACUGGUGGCCUGCUGGAAAACGGCUGGCCAGCAACACUGCCCGCUGGCCCUGCAGGACCUGGUGGAGAAAGUGGUGGUGCUGCGGCGCGCUGUGGAGCAGACACAACGCUCGGCUCCCGCCGUCAGCGUCGGCUCCCUGCUGGCUGAGGAGUUGGGUCGCUACGCUGGGCUUCUGGCCUCGCAGGGCAGCCUGUCCACCGCCAUCAGCUACCUGCCCGACGGCAGCGGACAGCAGGCGGCCUUGAAGGAGCUCCGUGAGCGCCUCAGUCGGGCUCUGGGUCAGCAGGCGGCUCCGGUCCAGACCCCCAGAGUUCAGCCUCAGCACCCGAGCCCUCAGCUCCGCCAGGCCAACGCCCCGGUCCAGCCUGCCACCCCCAUAGCACCUGUACAGAUGCAGACACCCGCCUCCGCCCCGUCCCAGCAGCAGUAUUACCAGCCCGUGAGGUCUGCCUCCACUGUCACCUCGUGGAGUAACCAGACGCCAACAGCGCUGCCCAACGUCACAUCUCCUCUGCAAAUGGGUCCUGCCUCCGAGCAGCAGCAGCAGGCUCAAGCGCCGAAGUCCUCGUAUGGAGUGCCGCCAUCCGGCUCGUCCCCCGCAGCCUCCACCGGCCCCGCCUACAUGUACUCCCAGCAAUACCAGCCCCACCUCCAGGUACAGCACUUCCCACCUGGAGCCUGUCAGCUUCUUCACUACUCUGAGCCCCCUUACCCUCCUCAGCCCCCCGGCUUCCUCGCCCAGUGCCUGCCCGACUCUUCUUCCUCUUUUCCUCCUUUGUUUCCCACCUCCUCCUCUUCCGGAGCGUCUUUCCAGCAUGGCGUGCCGGGCUCUCCUGGGUCCUCUGCGCCGCCGCUUCCACCCGGCGGAGUCUCAGGUACAAAGUUUGAGCUUGAGCAGACACUCGACCCCAAAGAAACCGGGCCCCAGAACGGUUGGAAUGACCCGCCAUCUCUUAGUAGGACAUCCAAGAAGAAGAUCCCGGAGAACUACACCCCGCCCGCCCCAAUCACCGCGCCCAUCAUGGCUCCUAUGGGUGCGGACCAUCACGCCCAGCCCGUAGCCUCUGGAGCGCCACAGGGCUCCAUCCCGGGUCCUCAAGGGGGGUUCCAGCAGAUCCCGCCGCAGACCCUCAACCCAAGCAUACCCACUGAGGGAGCGCCCGGGGGACCCACGGGCGAUUCCAUCCAGUCGAUCCCCGCUGAGAAGAUCGCCAAGAAGCCCAUCCCAGAGGAGCACCUGGUCCUCAAGACCACCUUCGAGGGCCUGGUCCAGAAGUGCUUGGCAGUUGCUAGCGACCCGCAAACUCGGAGGAAGCUGGAGGAUGCCAACAAGCGUCUGGAGGCGCUCUACGACAAACUGCGGGAAGAGACUCUUUCUCCCGCCAUCGUGGGGGGCCUGCACACCAUGGCGCAACGCGUGGAGGCGCGCGCCUACGCCGAGGGUCUGGGCAUCCACACGCACAUCGUGAGCAGCAGCAACUUCAGCGAGACCUCGGCGUUCAUGCCUGUCCUCAAGGUGGUGCUGACGCAGGCCAACAAGCUGGGUGUGUGAGCCCUCGUGCUACCGGGGGCCAUCAAUUAAGGGCUAUUUUUUUUCCCCACUACCAAUCAUGCUGAUUGCUUUUAACGCGACUUUAUAUGAAGUGAUGCAAUCCAGAUGGAUCAUUUUCAAUGACGAGGAAUGCCAACAGGCAG